GGCGUGAUCGUCCCUAGGGAGUUUUGAGAGCGUUGGAAUGGUAAGAUUUUUCGGGAGCAAGCCGGUGAGAGCUGGUUUAGGGAUGAUGGUACGAGGGAAGAAGUGAUUGGUGAACUCGAAUCUGUAUUAGGGCGCAUACACAGUAUUGGGUGUUUAGUUAGGCAUCAGCGGUACAGGAGAAGGAGGCUGGAACAGAGGUUACAACGAAGAGGAAGGUGAAGUAUGGCGAACUUGCAUCCGGGAGCCGCGCCUAUGAAUGGGUAUGGGAUACAAGCACCACCUGUGGUAUAGAAUGGUAGCCAGCCGGGUGGCGUAUCGUGCUACUUAUGUGGCAAAAUGGGUCACUAUGCGAGGAAUUGCUGGGCGGCCGGCAACGGCCGACCUCCCCAGCAGUACCAGCUUCUGAUAGUUCCAACAGUUCCAGCGGCGGUCGAUGAUGAGACGAACGAAAUGAAGAUUUACUUCCGGAAGAAGAUGCAGAAGCAGAGGUCCGAAGAAGAGAAAAGAGCAAAGGAGGAGGAGAGAAGGAGGGAAGAGGAAGAGAGGAGGGAAGCAGAUAGACUACGAGAAGCCGAGGCGAGAAAAGCUAAAUUGGAGGCCAAGCUUCUACGAUUGAUGAGUCAGCACGGUAAACCUUCGUACACUAGCGUUCCACCUUUGGUGAAGAAGAAAUCUCCUACGACCAAGGCCAGGAUGUUGAGAGAAAUUCAUAGCUAUUUAGAUGAGUCGGAGGAUGAAGGCGAAGAGGGAGCACCCUUACCACUGUGCAUUGUUUCAUCAGGAGGAGAGAUAUGGGUGGAUAGGUGGAAGGUGGUGAAGGGCAAAGUUGGGGAGAGUAUCAUCAUAGUCCGUGGACGAAACAAGUGUCUGAAGGAAUGUAGAAGAGAGCUUGAGAACGGGGGAAGUUUUUUUGUGAGCAGGAUUAAGAUUACGUCGUCAGAAGUGGAGCACCGAAAGUACGUUCUACGGGAUCUACUGAGGCAACCAUGGAGGAUCAGGACAUUGUAUAAGAAGAAAGCCCAGGAGCUUUUGGCUCUGUAUAAGACUGCAGCUACAUUCGGAAGGAAGACUUCGAGGUAUCAGCUGAAGACGAAGAUCACGAAGGUAAUCCGGUCGGUAUUUGGGAUUGAGAUUCGAAGGAGGCCGAUCGUAAGGAUUCCGUACUCCUCGUCCGUGAGCACCCCUGCGAUUCAAGAGAUGAUAGUAGAUAUGGUAGGCCGCUUAAUUACGGAUCCACAUUUGCGUGCGUACGUAGCUCACAGGACAAGGGUGCUUUUUAAGAAGCAUCUAACGGUGGGACAGAUCAUACACAAUCAUCGGUUGUUUGCGGAGGCGAAUAAGGUUGUAUGCACAUGUGAGGGAAGUACUUGGACUAGAUCCCAAGGCCAUGUGAAACUGAGAUUGGACAAUGUGCCCGAGGCACCAAGUUUUGUGAAGAACUCGAAGAACGUCACGUGUCGGGAGGCUAUGACUACUGAUGCGUUGGCAAGAUGCAUCAAGGAAGCAACCAAGCCAUGGAGUAAAGGCAUAUAUGUACCUAUAGAUCUAAGGAAGAUUAGCGCAUGCAUCAGGCAAUCCGGGAGGAUUGAGGCUAGGGCCAUGACCACUUCAAAAGUUAGGAAGUGGUCUGACAACAUUCAGAAAUUUGUCGUUGUUCCUAUUGACAGGAACCCCGAUGCCACACUAAUCAUCUGUCCUGUUUUAUAUCUGCAUGCAUGUAACAUGGCAUUUACUUGGAAUCCUAGUUUCCUACCAGUGACGGAGGUGGAGGAUGACGUGAUCAAGACGAUGAAGGGUAGGUAUGUACGCACUGGUUUGCAAGCCAUUGCGAUGUGGGGAAAAGCAGGGGAGGUCGGUAGGGCAUAUGUCUUACCGAAAGACAAGGAUGUAAAUCGAUGGAGGCCGAUUUCACCUGCCAUCAGAGAUCCUGCGAGGUUGGCGGUCUCAAGGAUAGGAAGGGCGAUAAGAUUCAUGCUGUUCGGCAUAGGAGAUGGCAGGCACUUCGAUCUGCGUUCCACGGAUGAUUUGCGAAAACGUUGUGGGGAGAUUCAAAAGGAACUGACAAGAGGGGGAGAUGGAGCGCUGGCCAGGAGUUAUGAUAUAAAAGACAUGUUUUCGAGACUGUCUCAUGACAGCAUCAUCAAUGCCGUGAAAUGGGUGAUUGAUCUUCAUCGACAGAGGGGGAUGGUUGGCGUGCGAGUGAGUCAGAGAGGGAGGAUGUGCAUGAUGGCGAAGAACCAGUGGAGGAGUGAAGGGUUUAUCCUUCUAGAAUUUCGCUUGGUUAUUGAGGCAGUCGUAUUUGAGCUUGCUAAUACCUAUGUUAAAUGCGCUGGGCAGAUUAUGAAGCAGGAAUUCGGGAUUCCUGUGAGGAGGAACUCGAGCCCUGCCCUUGCGUGUUUAGUGUGUGCUCGAGCAGAGGAUUAUUUUCUAAGUAGUCUUGGAAGAGAUGUGAGGUGGGUGAAAGGGAUGAGAAUGAUCGAUGACGUGGCGGUAAUCAUUGGUUUGGUGGUAGAGGAUGGAGAAACCGAGGAGAGGGCGGCUAGGAUUUUUGAGGUGUUUGAGCAAUGCUACGAUGACAGUCUGAAUCUGGUGAGGAAAGACUCGGGUGGUAACUCAUUUGAAUUCCUGGGCGCACAGGUGAUGGUUGAGUCUGCAGCCGGGAUCGUCAUUCAUGUGUUUCCUAGGACCCGGAAUCAGCAAUCCUUGAUAGACACAGGGCGGCUGAGGAUUCAGUCUAUGCAGGAUUACGAAUCUUUCUCCAAAAAAUCCACGAAGAGGUCGGCAUCGGUUCCAGCAUGAUCCGAGCUCAAAGGAUGUCCACAUGUGAUGAAGCGACUAUGACCCCCAUCACGGUCAUCAUGAUGGAAGCAUGCCUCCGGCGGUACCCGCCAGA